AUAAAAAUUCAACCACAACAAUCAUCAAACAAAAAUUUCAGAAUAAAUACACACAAAUCUAGGAGCAAAAAUCAGAUUCUCAUUCAAUAUUUAAGCAUGAUAUACACGAAAUGAAUCAAGAACAAAAUACCUAAGUUCGGCAACACUUCUAGAUUCCGGAAGCAAACUCAAACUUCCCUUUUUGCCUUUGAUUCCUCAAGCCCGAAAACCUCAGUACUUUCUGAUUUUUUUCUCGCACUCUUUCUGCCUUUCUUCAGUUUUUUUCUUCUCUUUUUCUUUCUUCUCUUCCUUCUCUCGGGUUUUUCCUUUCUUUCUUUUUCUUCCCCUCUUUCACCCGAAAAGCUCUCUCCCUUUUUUUAUAGGCAAAAUCAGAGGAGGGAGAAACAAAACCCCAGCCAUCCGAUUGCCUUCCUUCAAUCCCGAUCGUUCCUAGCCCUGGAAUUGCCGCCCACCUGGCCUCAGAGUUGCCACCCACCUAAAGCCCUAGAUUCCUUCAACUUGCCUCAGAUCCAUGAGUUGAGAAGAUGAACGGCUUGGAGACAAGGCUUCCACGUAGAUCCCUUCACAUGAGAUGAAAGAGGAAGGGACCGACUUGGAGAGGAAGUGGGAGGAAUCCCAUCCUGCAAGUGGCGGCACAAGAGGACUAGGGCCCCCACUACAUUUUAUGUCUUUUGGAUCAAAACGGCGUCGUUUGUUCAUAAGGUUCACCAGCCUUACACUUUGGUCCCUUACUUUAAUCCACGUAGGGCAAAAAUUGAAUUAUGACAACGUGCACAGCUCAAUUGGAAGAGACGUUUCACAAUCAUCAAAGGCAUAGCUACAGAUCUCCUUUACCUGCAUGAAAGUUCUCAUCUUCUAAUAAUUCAUUGCGAUCUCA